AUGCAUCGGCAUAGAAUAUUGCAGAGGCACGCCGAGCAACAGAGAGGAUUUGUUGAGUUUUUCCAGCCAGUCAACCAACUGUGUGAUGCUGAAGUAGAGUUGUACCAGCAGGUGGUACCUGAGGAAGUAGACGGUGUCCGUCAGGCAACACAGCAGGUACUGACGGCUGAUGGAGUUCCACUCCGGCAGCGUCUUCCACGCCUCCAGCAGGCACCUGUGGAGUCUCCCCCACACCUGGGGAAGGGUCUCCUUCCACAGCCUGGGAAGUACCUCCUUCCACAGCCUGGGAAGUACCUCCUUCCACAGAGCGGGAAGUGUCUCCUUCCACAGCCUGGGAAGUACCUCCUUCCACAGCCUGGGAAGUGUCUCCUUCCACAGCCUGGGAAGUACCUCCUUCCACAGCCUGGGAAGUGUCUCCUUCCACAGCCUGGGAAGUACCUCCUUCCACAGCCUGGGAAGUACCUCCUCCCACAGCCUGGGAAGAGACUUGGGAAGAGACUCCCAGGUCCUGAGUCCGUGCACCAUGGCCAUCAGAAGACCAAGGGCGAGGACCUGCGGGAGGAGUGGAGGAGUCCAGCCCUGAACGCCCCUUCCAGACACCUGGCUCCAGAAGUCACGUGUCUGCCAGCACCGCGUCCAGAGGCUCAACAGGUGUCCAAGGUAGGGCACGGUGCUCCCGUAGGAGGCCAGGACGGAGUAGAUGAGGUGACUCCAGACGAGUCUAGCUGCCAUUGGCAUCAGUUUCCAUACACGCCCGGCCGCUAUCUGCAGCAGGAUCCAGAGACGCCCGGCUGCUAUCUUCAGCAUGAUCCAGAGACGCCCGGCUGCCUUCUGCAGCAGGAUCCAGAGACGCCCGGCUGCCAUCUUCAGCAGGAUCCAGAGGCGUAUCAACACCUGUCUGAAGAUGGCAGCGAGGAGGGCCAUCAGCCUCCUGGCCUUUGA